AUGGCUUGCUCGACAUUUCGGAAGCCUUCCGGCCGGUAUUUAGUUUGCUAUGCCAGUUGGAAUAGAAGGAGCACUAAAGCAAAGAUUGCAUUCACUCAAUUACCUAAUUCAAAUGAGUUCCCUCGCUUGUUGCAGCUCCGACCGGGGGAUAGAGACUACUUCAUGCGCUACUUCAACAUCUCCUGCCAACGGGUAGGUUUGGAACCCUGCUUUUUCCUUUCGGAAAACGUGAAUUCGUUAGGUUAUACAGAAGGGUGGGUUGGUUAUAUACUCUUAUGCGCGUUCCUUCUUCGAACCUUUUGGUAUGUAUUGCCCCCUAACUAUAGAUCAGAUCCACCGGACGAGAAACUAAAUUCCGCACUGCUGCUGAGUCGUCGGACUUAUCCACCAAGGGAUUCGUGGAAUUUCACGCCCCCUUUUGGGUAUGCGGGUACUAAGAGUCCUCUCACUACCAACCAGCAGACAUCAUCUGGCUGGGUCUUGCCGGGGAGAUCGGAGCAACAGGGAACGCCUAGACGACGUUAAAUAAGCUGGGCUGCAGUAAGUAGAUCGAGAGGUCGUUCCGCCCCUUGUCCCCGAAGAUGGGUAAUAUGUUCUCAUACAAUGUUGCUCCAAUCUGACCUAGCUGGCGAGCGAUCCCAGUUCGCGGCAGAGAACAAGACAGCAAGCGAGCGUACCUUUGUUCGCUUCUUCUCCACCAAGCACGGAAGUUUAAGGAUAACUGUAGGUCGGUGGCUACCUAAGGAAACUCCGAUUCGAUCCGCCCCCCGGCUGGGAGGCAUCUACCUCAUCCCGAUCACAAGGAGAGGUUCACCAUGA